AGUGAAAAUCCAACGGUAGAGAAUAGUCCUAAUCUCUAAGGUGUUAAUGAUGCAUUAGGGUUUCAAACUGUGUCUCUCAUGCCCUUAGUAUAAAUACAAUUCAGUUAUUCAUUUGCCGGUUGCGGUGCAGUCCGGCUUGUCUGCCCUCCUUACAAAACAAAAAAAUUUCUUCAACGCUUUCUCCAUUUUCUUCGUUUAUCGUCGCGUUUUCUGACGAUUUAUCCCUCAUUUUUCAAAAUCUCAAAAAAAACUAUCUCUAUCUAGGGUUUAUUGUUGUAGACGUCGUCUGAGUGUCGGUGUAUUUCGUUUUUCUAAUCUUAUUUGUUGGAGGAGAGAAAGUUUUACCCUAAAAAAAGUUUGUUAAGACAGUGUUUGAUUGUUGUUGAUGUUGUUAGAUAUGGCUCAGGUUCAGAAUCCGGUUCCAGUUUCGGGUCCGAAUGGAGUCGCAGCGAACCCUAAUGGUGGUAAUGGUGGUUCAGGGGCGUUCGUUGCGACGUCGAUUUAUGUUGGUGACCUUGACUCUGAAGUGAAUGACUCCCAGCUAUUUGAUCUGUUUAAUCAGAUUGGGCAGGUUCUUUCUGUUAGGGUUUGCAGGGAUUUGAGUACCCGUCGAUCUCUUGGAUAUGCUUAUGUCAACUACAGCAACCCUCAAGAUGCUGCAAGGGCAUUGGAUAUCUUGAACUUCACUCCCCUGAAUGGAAAGCCUAUACGACUUAUGUAUUCACACCGAGAUCCUAGUAUCCGCAAAAGUGGCUCUGGGAAUAUUUUUAUUAAGAAUUUGGACAAAUCCAUUGAUCACAAAGCUCUGCAUGAUACAUUUUCAACCUUUGGGAACAUCCUUUCAUGUAAGAUUGCUACUGAUGCUAAUGGUCAGUCCAAGGGAUUUGGAUUUGUUCAGUUUGAUGCUGAAGAUGCUGCUCAAAAAGCUAUUGAAAAGCUAAAUGGAAUGCUGAUCAAUGAUAAGCAAGUCUAUGUUGGGCAUUUUGUCCGUAAGCAGGAGAGGGAUAUUAAUACGAGCAAAACAAAAUUCAACAAUGUUUAUGUGAAGAAUCUAUCUGAAACAACUACUGAUGAUGAAUUGCUAAAGGUUUUUGGUGAAUAUGGACCUAUUACUAGUGCUGUGGUGAUGAGGGAUGCCGAUGGGAAAUCAAAAUGUUUUGGGUUUGUCAAUUUUGAAAAUGCAGAUGAUGCAGCUAAUGCAGUUGAGUCAUUAAAUGGUAAGAAGUUUGAUGACAAAGAGUGGUAUGUGGGUAAAGCCCAGAAGAAGUCUGAAAGAGAGCAGGAACUGAAGGGAAAAUUUGAGCAAAGCAUGAAGGAAGCUGCUGACAAGUUUCAGGGUGCUAAUUUAUACAUCAAGAACUUGGAUGACAGCGUUGAUGAUGAAAAACUUAAGGAACUGUUUGCAGAGUUUGGAAAGAUUACCUCUUGCAAGAUUAUGCGUGAUCCUAGCGGGGUGAGCAAGGGUUCUGGCUUUGUAGCAUUCUCGAGCCCCGAAGAGGCUUCUAGAGCUCUAGCGGAGAUGCAUGGAAAAAUUAUCGUCAGUAAGCCCUUGUAUGUUGCCCUUGCACAACGUAAAGAAGAAAGACGAGCUCGCUUGCAGGCUCAAUUUUUACAAAUUAGGCCAUUGGCCGUAACGCCUUCUGUUGGUCCCCGAAUGCCAAUGUACCCUCCAGGAGCUCCUGGCCUUGGACAGCAAAUUUUCUAUGGCCAAGGACCACCUAUGAUCCCUCCACAAGCUGGAUUUGGCUAUCAACAGCAGCUUGUACCUGGAGUGAGACCUGGAGCUGGUCCAAUGCCCAACUUUUUUGUGCCAUUUGUGCAAGGGCAACAGGGUCAGCGCCCAGGGGGAAGACGGAGUUCAGGUCCUGUUCAGCAAAAUCAGCAACCUGUGCCCAUGAUGCCACAGCAGAUGGUUCCAAGAGGACGCGUCUAUCGAUACCCACCUGGGCGGAACAUGCCUGAAGUCCCAAUGGCCGGUGCUAUGCUUCCUGGCUAUGACAUGGGAGGUAUGCCUUUGCGUGAUACGGGAAUUGCUCAGCCUGUGCCUAUCUCUGCAUUGGCAACUGCCUUGGCAAAUGCAGCUCCUGAGCAACAGAGAACGAUGCUCGGAGAAAGCUUGUACCCAUUGGUAGAUGCCAUCGAGCAUGAUAAUGCUGCCAAGGUAACUGGUAUGCUGCUGGAGAUGGACCAAACCGAGGUUUUGCAUUUGCUGGAGUCGCCAGACGCAUUGAAGGCUAAAGUUUCUGAAGCUAUGGAAGUUCUGAGGACUGUGGCUCAGCAACAGGGCAGCAAUGUUGAUCAGUUGGCUUCGUUGUCUCUUAACGAUAAUUUGGUGUCUUGAGAUGUAGUCUGCUCACUAUCCGGUUAGAUAAGGAAAAGCUUAAAACGAGUAGUUCGGGCUUUACAUACUUUCUAAGCGUCAACUUGUUAUGGUUUCUUGAUUGUGUUACGGAGCUCUCAGAAUAUUGUUUGUUUGGGCGUUUGAGAUACUUUAUACGAUCUUUUUUGGCAAUCAGAUCAGUUUUUGAGCUGCA